UGAUUGAUUUCUCGUACGUUUUUUGAUGCUCAUGAGUUUUACAUGCAGGCGAUUGAAUAUUAUUAAAGUAGCUAUCGAUGGAAAACGACCAAAAGCGCCAAGGACACGGAUAUAGAAAUAGAAAAGCCUGAUACAUGUUAGCUAACGUUAACUUGCCAAUUUGUAGCUGUUGCAGAGCUCGGUUCACUUCAGGUUUCUCUUCAGUUAGAUGAAGGCCUAAAUUAAUAAUCUUGUUGACAGUUUAUUGACUGGAUUAACCAUUAGGCUGUAAUUAAAUCAAAAUGAAAUACUGACAAGCUAAUAUCUGCACAAAAAGGAUAGUACUGAGUACUGUGAACUUUGACCCACUUUGGUGAUCCUCAGUCAGGACGUUAGCUGCAGGUGUUGAGCCAUGUCACUGUGCUCAGCCCUACUGAGCAGACGUGUAGCUGGAGGCUGCUGCAGGGUGUUGUGUGGCGCUCCAAGACCUCUCAUCCACAUCAGAUCAGCCAGUGCAGCUGAGCCAGGCACAAGAAGAUCUGAUGAAGAUCAGCUCUGGGAGGCAGCAGGCUCUCUGCCGUUCUCCAGAGCCAAGAUAGGAUCUUUCUUUCAAGAAAGGCCAGUGCUGAAGAACCCAUUUCUAGAAGAUGCCUUGCUCAGAGGAUACCUGAGGAGACACGUGCCCCAAGAGGCAGUUUUCUCAGACUUGUGUGCAUUUGGAGAGCGAGUGGCAAAUGAGGUGGACGAGUGGGGCCGAGAGUGCGAGGUUUCUCCUCCACGGUUGCUGCACUUUGACCCGUGGGGUCGCAGAGUGGAUCACAUCGUGACCUCCUCAGCUUGGAAACGUAUGAAAGACCUGUCGGCACAGGAAGGGCUGGUUGCCAUUGGCUAUGAGAGGUCAUUUGGAGAGUGGAGUCGUGUGUACCAAAUGAGCAAGUUGUACAUCUUCUCUCCCUCCUCUGGACUCUACACCUGUCCUCUGGCCAUGACUGACGGAGCUGCUAAAGUCAUCCAGUCCAUAGGUGUUUCGUGGCCAGUAGAUGAAGCCUACAGUCAUUUGACCACCCGUCAGCCUGAUCUUUUCUGGACGUCUGGACAGUGGAUGACAGAAAGACAGGGAGGAUCUGACGUUGCCAGUGGCACAGAGACAGUUGCUGUUCCCCAGACAGACAGUUCAUACAGACUACAUGGUUUCAAGUGGUUCACAUCCGCAACAGACGCAGACAUGACUCUCACGCUGGCCAGAGUGCAGGACAGAACAGGAGCAACCACUCCGGGCAGCAGGGGUUUGUCUUUGUUUUACGCAGAGGUGAGUAGAGAUGACGAUGGCCGGCUGAAGGGUAUAGAGGUUCAGAGACUGAAGGACAAGCUGGGCACAAGACAGAUGCCGACUGCUGAGUUACUGCUGGACGGCCUGCCGGCACACAGGCUAUCAGAGGAAGGGAGAGGAGUAGCCUCCAUAGCUAACAUGCUGACGAUAACCCGCAUCCACAACAGCGUCUCUGCAGCAGCUGCAAUGAGAAGGGUGGUCCAGCUAGCUCGUGACUAUGCCACUCGCCGCACUGCCUUUGGAAAGCUUCUUAAAGACCACCCGCUGCACAUGCAGACUCUGGCAAGGAUGGAGGUGGAGACUCGUGGAGCGUUCCUUCUUGUGAUGGAUGUGUGUCGUCUGUUGGGCCGAGAAGAAAGCGGCAUGGCGACGCAGCUUGAUGCACACCUGCUGCGUUUGCUCACUCCUGUGGUCAAACUGUACACUGGGAAGCAGGCGGUGGCUGUGGUGUCGGAGGGUUUGGAAAGCUUCGGUGGACAGGGCUACAUCGAGGAUACUGGUCUGCCUGGUCUACUUCGUGAUGCUCAGGUGUUGAGCAUAUGGGAAGGUACCACAAAUGUUCUGUCUCUUGAUGUGCUGCGCUGUGUGGCGCGUAGCUCAGGAAUGGUUCUUCAUGCCUACUUCACCCAUGUCAAGUCCCUGCUUGCAGGUGCAUCAGGUGUUUCCUCAUUGGCCCCGGCAGUGAAAGCAGUAAAUGGUGCUCUGUCUGAAUUGGAGGACUUUGUUCGGUUGGCAGCUACGAGAGCACCUGGUUACCUGGAACUAGCAGCCAGAGACAUGGCGUACAGCCUGGCUCGCAUUUACAUAGGUGCCCUUCUCAUCGAUCAUGCAUGUUGGAAAGGAGCCUCUUCAUCCGACACCUAUGCAGCUCUCAGGUGGUGUGAACAAGACCUGUGUCCUAUGGCGACUAGACAAGCAAGAGGCUGCUAUGAUUCCAGCACAGCGCCACUUGAUGCUGCGUUGGUGUAUGACCGGCCGACCCAAGACUGAAUGUUCACUGAUAAUGGAUUUAACGGACUCUAAUUCUGUGGCACAUCUAAUUACUGUAUUCCCACUUUAUUUACCUUUUUUUUCCUAAUUAUGUAGAUGACCAUAUUAAAAUCCACUACUGUAUAAGCACAGAAAUCAAACACAAUUCAAUUCUCAAUCAAAAUUCAAAUACAGUGUAGUUCACUCUA